CCCCCUCCCUCUCAAACAAUCUCACAACACAUACCAUACACUUCAGCUAUACCCCUUUCCCUGAUUCAUUGUCAAUUCUAGUAUCCCACCAAAAACAACCACCAACCAUGGCCGAAGGACACCACCACCACCACUUCCACCACAAGAAGGAGGAUAAGCCACCCGUCGCGGUCUACUCCGAGACCGCGGUUGAUUACAAGAAGGAGGAGAAGCACCACAAGCACCUCGAGCAACUCGGCAAGCUCGGUGCUGCCGCCGCCGGUGCUUAUGCUUUGCAUGAGAAGCAUGAGGCCAAGAAGGACCCAGAGCACGCCCACAGGCACAAGAUAAAGGAGGAAGUAGCAGCCACCGCCGCUGUCGGAGCCGGGGGGUUUGCCUUACAUGAGCACCACAAGAAGAAGGAGGCCAAGAAACAAUAUAAGAGGCUCAUGGCAAGAAGCACCACCAUCUCUUCUAAACCAUGGAUGGACCUCCGCCUCUCUCUUCUUGAUUUGUGUCUUGUUUAUGUAAUUUUGCUUUCUCUAACCAAGUAUCCUCCAAGCUAAGAGACCGCCCUCCAUAGUCGUCGCACUUUUGCAGAGGGGUGGUUCUUGAAUCUUGGAUCUGCUGCUGGGUUAAUGCUUCCCGAUAGAGAGGAGUCUGUGUGUUUAUCGGGGCUUUGUCUUGUACGGCUUGUGCCUGGGGUGUCUUAAUAAUAUAAUCCGAUAUUUCUUGCGUUUA